UGCCCUCCSCACAAAGCCCCGUGGCUUCCCCGGCGUGCGGGCAGAGGGAGGAGACUCGGCGGGGUGACGGAGCUCGGGAAGGCAGCGGGCUGCUCGUUCUGAGACACAUGCCAUGAUCCGGGUGGCACUGCCCUGCCCUGCCAGCUGAGCGAGCCGUCGGGGUUGGGCUCCUUGCCUCCACGCUCCUCUCUUCUCCCGGGAUCGUGCAUCCAUCCCUCCCGCCGCCUCCUGUGCCGCACGGACCCGCUGCUGAGGAAGGAUGGCAGAAGGCCAGCCACACCUCUGCAUUCAGAUGUCAGACUCCAGCACAAAUGGCAUUCCCAGCAGCAGGCAGYCCUCGCCAGACUUGGCUGGCAGGGCAGGAAGCGUGGUCACCUUCCACAACAUCUGCUACCGUGUGAAGACAAAGACUGGGUUCCUGUGUUUCAAAAAAACAGCCAAUAAAGAAGUUUUGAGAAAUGUCAAUGGCAUCAUGAAACCAGGACUGAAUGCAAUUUUGGGACCCACUGGCAGUGGUAAAUCCUCGCUGCUGGACAUUUUGGCUGCAAGGAAGGAUCCCCAUGGGCUCUCUGGUGACAUUUUGAUCAAUGGAGCUCCUCAGCCUGCCAACUUUAAAUGUACCACUGGGUACGUAGUACAGGACGAUGUGGUGAUGGGAACCCUGACUGUAAGAGAAAACCUGAAGUUCUCAGCAGCACUCCGCUUGCCAAAGUCRGUGAAGGAGCAGGAAAAAAACGAACGAGUGAAUCAGAUCAUCAAGGARCUGGGUUUGAGCAAAGUGGCAGAUUCCAAGGUUGGCACCCAGUUCACUCGUGGAGUGUCUGGAGGAGAGCGGAAAAGGACCAAUAUUGGGAUGGAGCUCAUCACGGAUCCUGCCAUCUUGUUUUUGGAUGAGCCAACCACAGGACUUGAUGCCAGUACUGCUAAUGCUGUUCUGCUGCUACUGAAAAGGAUGGCAAAACAAGGAAAAACCAUCAUCUUCUCCAUCCACCAACCGCGGUACUCCAUAUUCCGACUGUUUGACAACCUGACCCUGCUGGCUGCRGGGAGGGUGCUGUACCACGGGCCAGCCCAGCACGCCAUUGAGUACUUCCAGACCAUUGGUUACCAGUGUGAGCCCUACAACAACCCCGCAGACUUCUUCCUGGACGUCAUCAAUGGAGACUCCACYGCUGUGGCCCUGAACAAGGCUGGUGAAAGUAACUCAGCAGAGAGCACUGAAGAACGCUCUGAAUAUGACAAAACCUUGGCUGAGCAGUUAGCAGAAAAAUAUUCCAACUCUGCCUACUACCAAGAAACAAAAGCACAAUUAGAGAGUAUUUCUUCAGGAGAUAAAAAGAAAAGCAGAGGAGURUUCCAGAAAAUCACAUAUGCCAAUUCCUUCCUUCACCAGCUGAAAUGGGUGUCCAAGCGCACGUUUAAAAAUCUGAUAGGAAACCCUCAAGCUUCCAUAGCUCAGGUGUGUGUUACAGCUUUCCUGGGGCUUAUUGUUGGUGCCAUUUUCUUUGGGCUUAAAGAGGACGCCUCUGGACUGCAGAACAGAGCCGGUGCAAUGUUCUUUCUGACCACCAACCAGUGUUUCAGCAGCAUYUCAGCUAUUGAACUCUUCGUUGUGGAAAAGAAGAUAUUUAUACAUGAAUACAUCAGUGGRUACUACAGAACAUCUGCAUACUUCAUAGCAAAGCUAAUGGCUGAUUUAAUACCCAUAAGGACUUUACCCAGCAUCAUCUUCACCUGCAUAGUUUACUUCAUGCUAGGUCUGAAGCCAACAGUAGAAGCCUUCUUCACCAUGAUGUUCACCCUUAUGAUGGUGUCCUACACAGCCACCUCCAUGGCACUGGCCAUUGCAGCAGGACAGAGCGUGGUGGCUGUAGCAAAYCUACUCAUGACUAUCGCCUUUGUUUUUAUGAUUAUUUUCUCUGGUUUGCUGGUCAAUCUCACAAGYGUCAUGUCCUGGCUCUCCUGGCUCAAAUACUUGAGCAUCCCUCGAUAUGGAAUGACAGCUUUACAGAUCAAUGAGUUGACUGGCCUGAACUUUUGUGGCAGCACUAACAGCACAGUUUUAAACAGCACCAGUAGAUAUCGACAGAUGGGCCAGCUGGUGUGCACUGGAGAGGACUAUCUGAAGAAUCAAGGCAUUGAUGCCAGCCCCUGGGGCCUGUGGCAGAACCAUGUGGCUCUGGCCUGCAUGUCGGUGAUCUUCCUCACCAUCGCCUACCUGAAACUGCACUUGAUGAAGAAGUUCUCUUAAAACCAGCGGGAACCAUGAAAUUCCCACUGUUCAGUAGUUUGUUGAAGUGACUGUGAAACUGACUUAUUUUUAAAGAGACCUUUCUUUGUACUUUUAUUAUUACCCAAGUCGACACUGUGAAUGCUAUUCUUGUAUAUUAAGCACUUACCAUUAAUUUACUUUGCUGAAAUGUCUAGCACAACUCACUCCUCUCUGCCACCAAAAGUGUACAGCUAUUCAUUUCUUCAAGAGAUGUUCAGUCUUUCUGCAUGCUGUAGCUAUGAACUUGUCACACAUUAUAACUAAUAUUUAGUGGCUUAACCUGAAAAAAAAUAGUGGUUUCAUACUUUAAUUAAUGCCUACCUUCACCAGCAAGUAAUUCAGUCCAGUGUGGUGCUUAUCAGGACACCAACARAGUCUCAGCUGCUUACAUGGUCACUGGAUAUGUGAGACAUAAAGGGACAAAAUCCCUUCCAUGCCAGUUCCCUUUUCUAUUUGGGAAUCAUCACUGCUCUAGAAUGUACUAAUUGCUGCCAUCAAGCCYUUCUUGCUUCACUCAAGUUGUCGAAGCACCGUUUUUUAAAAUAAAGCUGUACUUACCUACUGUGCCAGUUCCCAUAACUCUUGUCCUGAAAUUUGUGUUUCCCCUGCAUAACUGCACGUCAUCUKCUCUGCCCCACUAGUGCUGCUGUCGUGAGUAGUUCUUGGUCGUUUUUAUGGUGACCUGUUCCAAAUGUGUGACCAAACAGGAUGGUGCCACCUUUGCACAGGUCCACAGACUCCAGCAAUCCCUUCCUGGCAGGCUGGCUUUUCCUGGCCAU